UGUUGGCCCUUCUGUCUCUGUUGAACUACGCGAUCAAGUUCAUUUAGGAAAAGUGAAGCUAAAAAGCAGAUAUGGCAACGCAAAAGCAGCGUCUUAUGAGUGAUGAGAACAUUUCAGAGAGGGUCCACGGCGACCGCCGAAGGUUUUGCACUACUGUUCGCCAAGAGACGGUGUCAUAGGACUCUUACUAUCCUCUAGCUCGCGGUCGCGCAGUGAACUUCAACGGCGCGUGACUCCCGCCACGCCAUCACCAGUCCGGACCUCUACACUUGUUUUAAUCGUUAUCUACAAGGGAAUGAUAAAAUAGAAAGGACAGCAAGAGUGACUUUUAUUGGGUUAUAAUACGGCUGUAUCACUUAAAGUGAACGGGUUGAGUCGGUUUUAAAGGAAUGUUUGUGACAGUUAUUAGACACGGAUUUUGAGGGACCGCAAGCAACGUGAAUAUCCUGUCCAAAGAAUAACAUUCUCACAUGAGUUCUCACAGGAUUAUGUUAUUUAUUCACCAACUUAUCAAACUAGACUAUUCAUAAUGUUGUUUUUGAACAAUAUAUUACAUCUUAGAAAGCCAAAGAUGUUAGCUAUACGGAUAGCGUUACUUCACGCGCUCCUCAUCGCGUCUCUCCACGAAGUGUGUGAGAGCAGGAGUGGCAGUAGUGAUCCUGUGCCCAGGUUCUCCUCCUCCUUGCCCACGUAUCUCCCAGUGUCCUGCCAACUGCAGGGUGCAGAGUCAUCCUUCUUUCUCCGGGAGGCCACGCAAGAAGUGAUGCGUAAUGGGAGCUUGCAGACACGCAGCGAGCCGCUCUUUCUCCACUUGCCCGAAGCUGGCCCUUCACCCCUCUUGUCAGUCAACUGUAGCUAUGGCAACUUCACUGCAGAGGCACCUGUGCCACCUGAGCUCCUCCAGGGGGCACUACCACAUUCCUUUCACACCUCCACACACCUGACACUAGGCUGGAAGGUGAGAGCAUACCUGGUGACAAGAAGGAUAAGAUUGGAUCAUCCACAAAUCCAGGUGUUGUUUUACCUUGCGGGCCGAAGGUGGGAGGAUAUGGACCCUCCUGCUGAACUUUUGCCCUGCAUCCAUGUUGUGGGGAUUCGCGACCCAGGAGAAGGUUCAGUAUCAACUGCCUGCCGACUUGAGGGAAACAUGGGAAUCUGUGUAGCCCAGCUUGGUGUCCCUACAACCUGGUUUAACCCUCCUCCUCCACCACGUAGACGCACACAGGAACCCAUUCCUGUCACUGUAGAGUUGCAUUACUCCAUCCUGCCUCCACAGCGCUUGGGCAGAGAAUGUGUUGUAGGUAGGAUGCAAGGAAAGGCUGGAAGGCAAGAAGGGGAUAUGCAGAGGAUUGGAACAGUGACUAUUGCCACUGGGGAGAACAAAGCACCAAAAAGCAAACUCAGACUGGAUGGGGAUGUAGAGAUUGUGUUGCCGCCCAGUCCAGUCAAACAAGGACAGACUGUGGGAUUUCAAAUACUGAUGAAUUCCGCUGCCACAACUGAGCAGUUCACAUUGAGAAUCCAGUAUGGGGAAGGCAUUCAUUUCAUGGUGGUGAAGCCCAGUAAUCUGGAGGCCUGGGACAUAAAGCAAGAAGUAGUGCCUGACUCCUCCUCCCUCUCCAUUUACUGCCAGAGGAAGGCCAGCUCCACCAAUGAGAAACUUGAUGGUCACUUCUAUGAGAUCAUGUGGGUGGACUUUGAGAUUGACAAUUUCAUCAACCUACAGUCAUCUCAGUCUAUCCACUGGCAGAUAGAGUAUCCCUCCACUGGUGCAUCUGCCGAAGCCAUCACCACAGUCUACAUCAGCCAGAGAGACAUACAGGGUAUCGUAGUCCUCGCUGAGGACACAGAGAUCCUGAAUACUGCAAUUGUGACUGGACGACGUGUUUCCAUGCCGGUAAAGGUUGUUACAGUAGAGCAGGACGGAACGGUGAGAGAGGUGGAUGACCCCGUGACCUGCAUCUCUACAGAUGAGGAUGUCCUCAAGGUAUCUCUUGGUUGUGAUGAGGUCUUAGUGAAUGGAAAAGAGAUGAGGGGGCGUGUCUCUCUUCAAGUGAACUUUACCUACCUCUAUUUGACCACCCAAUUAGAGCUCACCGUCUGGGUGCCACGGUUACCGCUCCAGAUUGACGUCUCUGAUGCAGAACUCAGCCAAGUCAAAGGAUGGAGGGUACCCAUCAUCACCAACAGAAGGCCAACACGUGACAGCGAGGAUGAUGAGGAGGAUGAGAGGAAGGGCAAAGGCUGUGCCCUGCAGUAUCAAUAUGCUCUGGUGCGCAUUCUCACACACUUCGUAGCCGAGCCAGCAGGCCCCGGUGGGGAACUUGUGCACAUGCUGGGCUCUGAUUGGUCAGCCGACAUCACAGAGAUGGUCCUGGACUUCCUGAAAGUGGAGGAUACACGCAUUGCACGACUGAUUGAUGGGAGAGUGCUGGUGGGAAGAGACCUGGGUAUCACCACUAUACAGGUUAUAUCCCCUCUGUCUGACUCUAUUUUGGCUGAGAAGACCAUCACAGUGCUGGAUGAUAAAGUGACCAUCACUGAUCUGGGAGUUCAGUUGGUGGGCUCACUAAGUCUCUCCCUGCAGCCCAGUUCUACCAACAACAGAGCCUUCUAUAUCACAACCACAGCUCAGGACCUGCUGCACACACACAAACAGGAAGCUACAAUUAGUGCAUGGAUUCAGUACAGUGAUGGUGCUGUGACCCCUCUUGACAUAUAUGACCCCAAAGACUUCACCCUAACUAUCACCUCAUUGGAUGAAACUGUGGUCUCCACCUACCAGGACCAAUUCCAGCGCUGGCCUGUUGUGGUAGCGGAAGGAGAGGGCCAGGGGGCGCUGAUACGUGUCGAGAUGAUGAUCUCAGAAACCUGCCAGAAAUCCAAGAGGAAAAGCAUCAUGGCAAUGGGAAUAGGGAGUGUACAUGUAAAGUUCGGACAGAAUGACCUAGAGCAGAGCUCUGGAACCAAAGAGGAGAAUAGACUGGACAACAGCUCAAAUGAACAGAGACAUAAGGUUGUAGAACCAGAUAAAACAGAUAGCUGGAAACACACAAAUACAGCGGUGGACAGAGAAGAAUCAGUAUUGAAGAAAGUCAGCACCACUACAAAGACAGCACUAAUUAAUCGCUCUGGGGGCAAUAAGCAGGGCGGUGGACAAAACAACAGUCCUGGUGACUAUACCAGAUACCCUGCACAGGUGGAACUACCUGGUGGAGCUGAGAGUGACCUGACCCAGUCUCCAAGAGGUCUGUCAGACCUGGAGAUCGGUAUGUACGCCCUUCUCGGUGUCUUUUGCCUCGCUAUCCUCGUCUUCCUCAUCAACUGUGUAAGCUUCACCUUCCGCUACCGGCACAAACAGCUUCCUGUUUUAGAGCAAGGUAACAUGAACCAUGCCCACGAUUGGGUGUGGCUUGGCAACGAGGCAGACUUGAUGGACCAUGGACCACUGGCACACAAUGAUGAGUGCACAACUGCAAUAGACCGCAACGAGGGGUGUGAGGAGAGUAAGUACCUACUCAAUGGGAGCGGCCUUCAGAAAAGCAUCUCUUCACAUGGACAUAGUCUACCCCACGGGCAUUCCGAUCCACGGUCCUAUUCCGGCAACGACCCUACUGGGAAUGUGGAACCCCUCAACAAUUCACCCAGUGCAGCCAAGCGCAAGAGGGUAAAAUUUACCUCCUUUGCCACUGUAUUACCAGACGAAGGGGGGCCUUACACCAACUCUAUCCUUAUCGGGAAUGAAGAUGACAUUAAGUGGGUAUGUCAAGACAUGGACCUGGGACAUUCUGCCGAGCUCAGAAGCUACAUGGAGAGACUGCAAGACAAUCUGUGAGAGCUAGGAAGAAAGAAAAGAAAGAGAGGGAGGACAAACAAAAACUCACCAGAAAUGCCUUUGCGUUGGGGGGGAGGUGGAUGUGGAAAAAAAGAGCAGGAGUACAGAGAAAGAUUAAUUAAUAAAGAACUGAAAUUGGAUACAUGCAAGGAAUGUCUAAACGAAAGUCAAAUGAACAAAUAAAGUCCUUCUGAGUCUGAAAUUAAGUAGCAAAUUCACAGAAAGGGGAAAUGGGUGAAGACAGACUGGCAUGUUCGAACUGCCUCUGACAAGCAGUCCAGGUGGCACAGAGAGAGCAGCUGCCAAUUGGCUAUCGCAGGGACAGAACGCCAGUUACCGACACCCUGAAUAAACAAGCCUAAACAAGACCAGCAAAAGAAAGAAUGAAAGGAAACAAACUUGACAGCUGUACAGAAAAUAGCAGUUCAAGAAAGUCAAUGAACAUGAAAGGAGUUGUUAUUGCUAAUGUAAUUUAGUUUUUGUAUUGUUAAGAUUUAAGUCUGAAUAAUUGAUAGUUACAGUACAACAGAUCUUAUUUUUUAAGACAUUGCCAGGAUUGUUUCAGAUCAGAUUAGUAUGUAAGUAGACCAGAACAGGGCUCUCACAGUCCUGGCUUGCCCCAGAUCCAGGUGUUUUUUUUUGUUUGUUUUUUUUUAACACCAAUUUUGUACUGUCUGUCCUCCAGUGUGAAUUCCGAGAGAGUUGGGGACGGGGGACAUCCCUCGGCUGGGAUGCCAGCCAUAUCUGCAUACCGUUUAAGAAGUCUAUGAAAAGCUCCAAAACACCACAGUCCUCCCUCAAUGUCUCCUUUGGGAGAAAAACACAAGAUAUUGGUGAUGAAAAAGCAACAUAAUAAUAAAUAGACUCUUCAUGCACUGUCCAUUUUUUCCUAGUGAAUGUGAAGGACAGAGGACUUCUUUUGAGCCCCGAUGGGAGGUUGUUCAUUUGCACAAUAAGAAUAACGCAGGAUUGCUGGUAGUGCAUAUUGGCCCUCAGCUGAUGUGAGACCAAUCUGAACUGUGAAUACAGUAAAUGGCCCAGACUUACAACCUGACAGUGAAUCAGUCCGGCCCCACAUAGAUUUGAGAUAACAAGUAUCGGGCAGACUAUGUAGAAAUCCAACCUCACAAAAUGAGUUGUGUUUGUUACAAAACCUUAUGUUUGCUGUGAUAGAAAAUUAUACAGAAUAGCUAUGGUCUAUUAAUCUCCGGUAUGGUAAAUGUAUGAAUGUUUCUCUUUUUAUUGAGGGCAAAAUGUACAUAAUAUACCACCUUUUCUACAUGGCUGGAGCACCUGCCCAUGGUUUUUAUAUGUCCUAUGUUUUAAAGCAACUUUCUCUUUCUGCUUCACCAACCCCAUUCAAUGCUCCCCAAUUCCCAGAAUCCUUGUUGUUUAUAUUACUGAAGAGUUGCAGGGAAGGACAAAAGUAGAACCUUCUCUUCGAAAGCUCAGGUGAAGUUACGCUCACAGGCGAAAUGUGGUAGAGUUGAAAUGUAGAUUGUAAGAAUGCAAUAUUUAUUUGUAAGUGUAACAUGAGAUAGGAUGUAAAUAA